GUUGUUAGUAAAAAACGCGAAGCCAAAACAAUUAUGACGAUUAAUGGAUAUGAACAUGGAGCUUCAUCAAGAAAGCGAAGAUCUCUGUACCACAACCUUGGAGGAGGACAUUUUGCUGAUAUAAUGUUCUGGAAAAACAAGAAAGAAUCAGGAACAAUCUUGGCGGUUUUCACAUUGAUAUGGUUCUUAUUCGAAGUGGUAGAGUAUCCUUUCAUCACUUUUCUCUGCCAGAUCCUCUUGAUCUCCAUUUUCAUAUUCCUCAUUUGGUCUUACAUUGGCUCUUCACAACUAAUCAAGCGGCGACCACCAAGUAUUGACGAUCUAAAGAUCUCUGAAUCAACUUGGAGAGUCUUGUUCGACAAGAUAAACUGGUUCAUCAUCAAACUGUAUGAUGUUUCAAGUGGAACAGACUUCAGCCUUCUAGUUUUGGCCGUUGUUUCACUGUGGAUAUUAUCAGUCAUCGGAAACUAUUUCAGCUCUCUAACUCUAUUAUACAUUGUAUUUGUGGGACUGGAAACGAUACCAAUGCUGUAUGAGCUAUACGAAGAAGAGCUGAAUUAUGCAGCAAGUAAAAGCGGGAUGAACAUGAAGAAGCUCUUUGACAACUUUAACUCUAAAGUCAUUAACAAGAUCCCUAAAGCUACCGGUAAAACUAAGAGGCGUAGUAUGUAACGUUGUGUUAUAUCAAUAUGCUGAAACUGUACAUGUUACACCGUUAAAUGCUCACUAGAAAGUCAAGAUUCAAUGCUAACGUUAUGCAUCAUCAAUAAAAUCCCUUUAUUAUUA